GAUUCAUGCUGGAAUAAAAAGGCAGUGGACGUAGUUGUCGCAUUUCUGUCUGGUUUUUGUCCAUGUCCGUUAGCCAUCCACAGAAAAAUGGUCUUCUGUUACUUUUACAAGCUGCCAAGAAGUUGGAUGAAGAAGAAACAUUACAUCGAUAUUCCUAUAGUACAGAUAAGUGGGAACAUAGAUCUCAGAGAAAUUACGAUGAAACACAUUCAUCAUACUCCUGUCCUCACAGCUAUAGCUCACAAAAACGACCAGUCACAUCUGUGAGGUAAGUUUUUUCUUCAGAAAAUCCUAAAAUUCAUUUAGAUGCACACACAAUGAGCUUGAAAAAAGUCGCCGUGCACACCUUCGUACUUGUAUGGAGACCCUAAAAGAGCACUUAAAUUUCGAUAAUGACGUACCAAGAAUAACUAUGCUGACAGUUCUAAAAAAGGCAACAGCUACUAUACAACUUUUAAAACAGAAAAAGCAGUGUCUUGAGGUCUAUGAAGAUAGUGAGAAACAAAGAUGUGUCCAAUUGCUCAAACGACGCCAGGCUCUUAGAAAAAAGUUGGAGGAGAAAAGAAGUCGUUCAUUAAAACUGCAGAGUUGGAAAGAAAGAAAUCGCAACUGUUCAGAGUGUUCCAUUGCGACUACAUCUUCAGACGAUUCUGAAAUGGAUUUACGAUCUGGUUCUUUAUCUAAUAUAACUACACCGUCUUUAAAUAACAAUACACAACUAUCCAAUACAGCAGCAGCGGGUCUCAACACAUGUGUUAAUGAUCCAAACUUUGUUUUACACAUAUCCAAACACAGAAGUCUCAGUUCACCCAUCGGCACUAUAAGCAGUUCACCUGUCGGUUUGGAUGCUUUCGAUGCAAGUAGUUCAGAUUCAGGAUUUGAGGAAAUCACUAUAUCUUCUAAUGGUGUUGUAUCUCCAAAUGAAAACUCACUAACUUAUUGUAUCAAUGAUAGAUCUCAAUGUGUGUCAUCAUAUUCAAACAAGGUAUGCAGGGCUUGCUAAAUAUGUUCGAUUUGUGCCCAAUCCUCUUGUUAUUUCCUUCGUCGACUGUUUGUUGUUCAUUCUACUCAGAAUUUUUUCAUUUGCGUGCAUCAUAGUCAAUGCUGCAAAUUGGACAUUUCGACGGCUUUCAGUCACAUCGUGCCAAUCAGUUUCCUCACAUUGUGUUCACUGAUAGUGCAGUUUAUUUAUGUGUUCAAUUAUCUGGUCUGGAAUUUUCGCUUUGUUAAAAAACAUUGCUAAUUUGUAGCAGCUCGACGUUUAUCCUCUAUCAUCAUCAUACGUAUUCUGAACUUUAUUUAUUUUCAGUUCUCGGUAAGUAUUUACUGUCGCUGGUCAUGUCAAUUAGGUAGUGACUACGAGUUUUUAGAAACUAUUGAGUAAAUUGUAAUUGAUACUUAGGACUGUUCUCAUACUUCUACCGACAUAUUAGUUUUAAACGCACAUUCCCUUUCCUGUUUUUAAUUAUCUUAAUCCUUCCCACUGUUGGUGCGUAAUGCAAACUGUGAUUCUGCUCUAUUUUGCAUUUUACUGAAUAAUAUUCGAGAGCCCUCAUAGUUGCCUGCUGUAUCUAGCAGAUUUUGAAUUAAACCGCUUAACAUAUUUCCCCGUUUAUCUAAUCCCUUCAACUUUAUUCGUUGUCGUAUAUUCCUCGAGUACUCACCUAAUAUUUCUGUGCGGAUGCCAGAUAUGUCUUUCAUGAAUGAGUCACUAUGCUUCUGAAUCUCGUGCUAUACACAAAUUACUGAAAUUUCUUGGACUGUCUCGUGUCUUUUCCAGCUUACAAGUCACGUGCAAUUUCGGCAGCGGCUUUAUAAUGUGCUUCGUGGGCAUAUGUAUGCCAAUAUGAACUUUGUAUAGUAUUUUUCUGCGAAGGGUAUACAUGCUUUUAAAGAUAAUCUGAUCAUCUAUCCAGCGUGGGUGCUUAAUGCACUUGCAUUAUUUUUUAGUGAUUUUGUCCAGUUUUUAACGGCAGCAAAUUUGCUAGCUGUGAUUGUUUGUACAUUUAAUGUUAGAAACCUUAUAUGUUGCCUGAUAUUCAAGUGACAAACUUAUAAAUCCUGAUUGAUCUGUUUGUAAAUAAGACAAUUCUUUCCUCAUUAAAGUUGUUAUUUCGAAAUAUCCCUACAAUGGCAGCUGUUUUAUUGUAAACGAAGUUUAUUUCCUAAAGGCAAUCUGCCAUGUUAAUACCCUAAUUUGCUUGUAAUAAUAUUGAUCCUUUUCAAAUUGUCUAUAUAUUGUCUGCUUUCAAUCUGUUUCAUUUAUGAUCCAUUUAAUUGGGUCUCUUAACAACUGAUCUCGUUCAAAUCAACCAUUUCGUCUUUUGCAUACCUCGUUCCGUUUGUUUAUGUGAUUGGGAUAUUCGGAUGGGUAAAACAAUAUAUCCCCUGUAGGAAGCGCUUAAGGCUAUUUAUGUUUUGUCUCGAUUUACUAGGUGGUCGGUACAAUAUCGUUUCAGCGUUUUUAACUGACUGAGAUUUGUCGUAUGCACUCUUACCAUUUUUUGUACUGCGAUUAAUCAGCAUUUUAGUCCGUGUUUUUAUAGUCUCUCAUUAUGCAGGUGGACGAAUGUUUCCACUCUGUGGUUAGUUCAGUCAAUGUAUUUCGCUCAGUGUGUUCACAUUUUUGAUCAGAUUAACCGAUCAUUGUAGGGAAAGUGUAGAGCUAUACAUUUUGUGAUAUAAAGUAUCUUACUUUCAUUUACAGUGAGAUAACACACCCUUGUAUUUAAGUAGUUGCAGUUUCACUCAUUGCUGUUUUCUGGCUUUAAUACAUCCUUCCUUAAUUUGGCGAUUAAGUAGUUUGCCCAGUUUUUCAUCUUGAGUCUUUCCAAUACUUUCUGUUUGAUAGUGGAAAUUUCGCCUCUUAUCAAAGUGAAAUCUAUACGUAGUUUCUGUGCUUAAAAACACAGCUGUGACAAUGAUAGUAAGGUGUGGUAUUGAAGACAUACUCAUGUUUCAUAGGUUGUGAAAAUUGUGAGCAAUGAGACUUCCUUAGUUUCAUAAAUGUUACAGCUCAAUUUACCAAUAGAUUCUCCUGAAUAUCCGGUCUCAUAGGAACAAGCUGAAUAUGGUGAUAAUUUUAUGCUCGUAAAUUAAUCGCUCAUUGGUUUGACUACGCCUGUUAAUUUUAGACCACUGGUAAUAAAGCAUGAGCCCCAUCUCCAUUGGAAUAACAUUUCAAACUAUGAAUGUAGUUUAAAGUUCAAUGUGGAAACACUUUUCGAACUACCACUAGUCAAACUUGUGGUCCAAAUCACGUUUGAUUCAUUACUGCAAACUACCCCUAGGUACGUAUUAAUGUUGCACAAUGUGUUUGAGAAUCAAUUUAACCCAGUAAGAUAGUUUUUAGGAGGAAUCCGUUCUUUCCGACGUUCGCCUGUAGUAAGUCUAGAUAUCUCCGGAGAUAAACUCAUGCUUCAUUUACUAUCUUAUGUGACCAGUUGGAUAGUAUGAACAUUACAUGUUCCACUGUUCAUGUGAUUGAAAUUCCUAUCUCAUUGUAUGUCCAGAAACAAAAAUAGGGUUGAAACAUCUGGUAUUGCGUAACAUUUUCUUGGUUUGGUUGUCAUGUCUAAAUACACUAGCUUGUAGGUAUACAAAAAUAGUAGUGUUUCAAGAAUUUAUUAACUGUCACACUAUGUAAUAGCAUCUACUGCUAGUAAUGUUCCCAUCCAUAAAUUCCCGUCAUGUUUCGCUGUAUGGAUUCAUUAUUUGUAUAUUUUGACAGCACAACUCGGUUACUAAAGUUUUGUCUAUAUCGUAUCUUGAUUCAUUGUGUAGGAACUGGUGAGUCUACGUAACUACAUACGGAAAAAUCGGUCUAAAUUCGUGUUAUAAGAUUGAAAAUAGCAUAGACUAUUAAGCAUGAUUAAUAACAGCUAACGAAAUCUCAUUUGUCCGUGAGGUCGAUGGUAUUUUCUAUCAUUUAGAAAGAUAAGCAAGCUUAAUUCCUAGAAAUAUGGGCUAUCACUUUUCAACUGUUUUGAUUGACUUUAAUUGAUGACGAAGUUCGUUUGAGUCAUAUACUUAGACUCAGAUUAUUGUCUUAACUCCAGAUUGUAAUGAAAUAAGCCGAAAUAGCUAUUAUGAAUUGAUGUUCUUCAAGCUAAUGUUAGUAGUUGAAACUAGGUAUUGAUGUACAUUCGACCAUAGUUAUAAAUUCCGCUAAAUUUAUCUCGCCCUAUAGGACUCAUAAAAGUAAGCCUAUUGUAAAAAGUGUGUGCAUUCAAAGUUCCUUGUAAUACUGUGUAGAACUAUAGUGUAGUUUUCCUUCAAUACAGUAUAGGCUGUUGUUAUGCAUUUUAAUUGUACUUCUGCCCAUCACAAGUUAAGAUCUUAGAAAUGUCUAUCUUAUUUGGCGUUCUAAGAAUGUUCUGUAGUUUAAAAGCAGUGUUUUUGAGUAUGUUACAGCUAUCGAAAAAACAAUAACGAAUUGUAAAUCAGUCUCUGUCCAUUAUUUUCACUGUCUGUAUGCGAGUAAUUAAUCUUAUCACCAACUUCUCAGAUGGAAGAUAAUUUCUUAACGUAGUCUUUUGAAUAUUGAGCAAGGAAUUAACGUUGUGCAACAUAUGCUUGGCUCAUGACAAGGCUUCGGUCUGUAUUUCAUGAUUCGUUAUGUUAUGUGACAAUGUUAUCCCAACUACUUUGCUUACUUUGUUAUCCAAUGUGAAUUAGUCAGUUAGCAUAGCUAAUUGGUUAAAUAUAAGGUACUUAAAGUUAUACGAAGUACGGGAAAUAUUUCUAUCUGUUUGUCACCAGUCCACGUCUUUUCUGAUUUAAAGCCUCAUCAUUAAAAGAACUUGUACCCGGGACCUUACGUUUAACUUCAGCACUAUUUGGUAGUUUUACUACAUACAAAGAAUCAG